UUUAGAUUAAAUCUGUUUAAAAAAUACUAUUGAAAUGAAUUGAUACAAAGUGAUAUGAGGUGACAGAACAGAAAAUGGAAACAUUGGAGGAAAUCGAUUUAGCUAACCUUAGAGAACCUGCUGCUUACUUUGACCUGAUUGAAGUUGUUGGAAAUGGGACGUACGGUCAAGUGUAUAAAGGUCGUCACAGAAGGACAGGGCAACUGGCAGCCAUUAAAAUAAUGAGCGUGACUGAAGAUGAAGAAGAAGAAAUUAAGUUGGAAAUCAAUGUUCUGAGAAAUCACUCCACACAUAAGAACAUUGCAAAAUACUAUGGUGCAUUUAUUAAGAAAGGAGCACCAAAUGCACAAGAAGAUCAGCUAUGGUUGGUCAUGGAAUUUUGUGGUGCCGGCUCUGUAACAGAUCUUGUCAAAGCAACAAAAGCCAGAUCACUGAAAGAAGACUGGAUUGGUUAUAUCUGUAGAGAAGUUUUAAAUGGGGUGAAUCAUUUGCAUAACAAGCAUGUUAUUCACAGAGAUAUCAAAGGACAAAAUAUAUUACUGACUGAAAAUGCAGAAGUUAAAUUAGUUGAUUUUGGUGUUAGCGCGCAACUUGAUCGAACAGUGGGAAGAAGGAAUACGUUUAUUGGUACUCCGUAUUGGAUGGCCCCAGAAGUGAUAGUCUGUGAUGAACAGCCAGAUGCUACCUACGAUAAUAGAUGUGACAUGUGGUCAGUUGGAAUAACAGCAAUUGAAAUGGCUGAAGCUCAACCACCACUGUGCGACAUGCACCCAAUGAGAGCACUUUUUCUCAUUCCGCGAAGUGAACCACCUAAAUUAAAGUCUAGAAAAUCAUGGUCAAAAAAAUUCAGAGAUUUUGUUACGGUAUGUUUGAUCAAGGAUUAUCUUCAAAGACCAACUGCAGAGCAGUUACUUCAGCAUGAUUUCAUACGUGGUUCUCGUGGGGCUGCAGAUCGUAAAAUCCGCAUUGAAAUCAAAGAUUUUAUCGACCGAGCUCGUCGUAGAAGAGGAUUGAGUGAAAAUGAUGAAGAUUACAAUGAAGGAGACGAGUACGACUUACAAAAAAUCCUCACUGAGGAAACUGAGGGUGAUACGCUUAUCGAUGAAGCCCCUGGUGCAACACUUCGAAGAAAUUUGACUAUUAUGCAGGGUGCGGAACCAUCGCCUGUUGACAAAGAUUUUCCACAAAAUGUUUUCGAUGUUGACGAAGGACAAAGCACUAUCAGACGUUCAUAUGGUGAAGAUACUCCACCACACCGCACACCAUCUCCUUCAAUUAGCCAAACUGGAAGUGAUUUAGUUCCUGAUGUUGCUUCCAUAAAGAGUGGCAACAAAUCAGAAAGUGAAAGUGAAGGAGAGUAUGAAGAAGCGACACUCCAACGUGGAGGUGGAAGUCAACCAUACGAACACUUUGAGACACUCAACAGACUGGUUAUGGAUUUGGAAACUCACAGUCUUGGUCAAGGGAGCAUGAAGAGAUUAAUUGAUGAGAGAUCGGAAACUUCACAGACCAGUUUAGAACUUAUAACAACGGGUCCACUACCUGAUGUGCUGCCGCCACAAGAACCAUACAAAAAACCUAGUAGCAAAACUUCUGUAGAAGAUACUAGACCGCCAGCGAGUAGCAUUGCUGAACCUCCAAAAGCAACUGGAAGGAGAGCUGUUGCAUCUGAAUGUAAUGUCAACGUUACUCCCGAAAGAACUCUCCAACACAGAGAGGAUAACGAUCUUCCAGAGAUUAGAAAGUAUCGUCAUAAAUUCCGCUCUGAAAUCUUGUGUGGUGCAUUAUGGGGUGUGAACCUUUUGGUUGGUACUGAGAAUGGUUUAUACUUGCUAGAUCGAAGUGGAAAUGGAAAAGUGUUUCCUCUCAUAACACGACGACGUUUCAAACAAAUCGACGUUCUGGAAACUUUAAACGUACUUGUAACAGUUAGUGGGAAAUAUGAUAAACUAAGAAUAUAUUAUUUAUCUUGGCUAAAAACGAAAAUUGUAAAAGGCGAAGAAGCUGAGAAGUUAAAAAAUCGUGACUACACAACAGUUGGUGACUUCGACGGUUGUACACACUAUAAAUUAGUAAACUUUCAUCGCAUCAAAUUCUUAGCCAUUGCUGUUGGUAAUGCAAUAGAGGUGUAUGCUUGGGCACCUAAACCUUAUCAUAAAUUCAUGGCUUUUAAGUCCUUCCGCAAUCUCUUUCAAAAACCGUUAAUGGUCAACAUGGCAAUACAAACAGACAGUAGUAAACUGCGAGUGAUCUACGCUUCAGAGUCUGGUUUCUAUGGUGUUGAUCUGGACUCUGCUACAGUAUACGAUAUCUACGUUCCACGCAACGGAGACUUCAUAAACGCACACGCCAUUGUACCUCUUCCAAGUAGCAAUGGAAGAGUUAUAUUGCUUUGUUAUGACGACGAGGGUGCGUACUUCAGUACAUCUGGUCGACAAGUUAAAGAUGCGACGAUACGUUGGGGUGAACCACCCUAUUCUGUUGCUCAUGUUGGCAGUGGUCAGAUAAUGGGAUGGGGUGAGAAAGCUAUUGAAGUAAGGAGUCUGGAAACAGGUUUACUGGAUGGCGUUUUUACUCACAAAAGGGCGCAGCAAUUCCGAUUUUUAUGCGAAAGAAACGAGAAGGUGUUCUUCGCCUCCACUGGUGCAGCUGGCGGACAAAUCUACCACAUGACGCUGAGCAGUACUUUUAAAAAUUUUAAAUAACUUUACUCGUCUACAUCCUCUCUGUACACCGACUUCCUAUUCAUACUUCACCACUACCAUGUCUAAAAGAGAUAAUAAUAUGCAUGCACUUUGUUAUAAUAUGAGCAUGCGCGUUCAAAGAAGAAUUGGUUUUUUUAUUUGCAAAGUUAUUGUAUAGUUUGUUUCAAGUCAGGAGGUUUUUUUUUAACAAAGCUGUUUCCUGCAUCUUGUGUGGAAUUGAUUUCUUUUUCGCUGAUUAUUUGAACGAUCUAAAUUCUCGCUUCAUUGCUUCACAUGUUUUCGAAUAACUUGAUGUUACUGUAGAUGCUGUAAAUGACCGGUUAGAUGCCCCGUGCCUAUUUUUAAAAUUUUGAAUUGUACCCUGGGUUUUUUUUCACGCAAUAACAAUUAUUUGAAAAGGGCGUUUAUUUGAGAAAUUGUAUGAUGAGAAUUGCCCUGAUGUUCUUUUUUAUCUUUUUUAUGAACAAUGAAAUUUAAUGUGUUGCAAAAAUUUUCUACUAAGAUAAAUAGGAGAAAAGUGAAUGUUUUCAUCAUUUUAAACUUUAUUUUCGAUCCACCCUUUCAAAUAAAAUCCCAUGCUUUUAGUAUACACUGAUCGUUUAUUGAGCAUGGGCGAUGUUUAAAAGGCGGGCGUAUGAUCAAUCAUUUACGGUUGAUAAACAGCUUGAAGAUCAAUUAAUGCGAUAGUUUUACCAAUUGUCUUCACAUUGAAAAAUUGAAGUUACUUUUAAAUCUGCACCAUUUUUUCUUGUUAUAUUAUAAAUAUAUUUUUUAGUAUUUAUUUCUACGUUUUAGUUUUCUUUUAACUAAUUUGAAAUUAAAAUAUAAAAUUAAAAAAAAAUUAAAGUCAACGAAUCUUAAAGACCCUGUGGAGGAGUGCAAAUUUCGUUUCAUCCAAUCUUCUACGUGAGUGUCUUAAUCUGAGUUUUAUCAACGUGAUAUUUACUUGCUUUCAAUAUAUAAACUCGAAAAAAAUGUUUUUAAUUUUAAAGAAUUAUGUUGUUUUUUGCGUAAAUUUUUUGGCGAAAGAAUUUUGUAGAUUUUUGUGUUGUUUUUAAUUUGUGUAAUACAACGUCGAAGUAACGUAUUUUAAUGACGCGCGAAUAUAUAUUAUAACUGUUGUUGAA